UGUGGCAUCACCAAAGUGUUUUUUCCUGGAUCGAAGUUAAGUGGCACACAACAACAACAACAACAAAUAGCUCAAAAAAGCAGAAAUUCCUAGAGGUGCAGGGACACUUUGGCUAGCUCACCUCAGAAGACAUGUUUCACACUCCCAUUGUGCCUCGGGUGAGGAAAAGGUUGAGACCAGCAGAAGCCGGUGUUCCCAGGCGUGAAGAGGUGAAGUUUGAGGAUGUCAGACUGUACCUGUUGGAGAGGAAAAUGGGACGCAGCAGGAGAAGUUUUCUGACCCAGCUGGCCAGGUCAAAGGGCUUUAUAGUGGAAGACAUCCUCAGUGAUGAGGUCACUCAUGUGGUGUCAGAGGACAGCCAGGCUUCAUCCCUGUGGAAAUGGCUAAAGGAGCAUGCUCUGAAGAAUCUACCCAACAUGCAUGUGUUGGACAUCAGCUGGUUCACUGACAGCAUGAGAGAGGGGAGACCUGUUGCUGUGGAGACCAGACACGUCAUUCAGGACACCUUGCCCACAUUGCCAGAAGGUUCGUCAGCCACCCCAGUGACCACCGUUUCUCAAUACGCCUGCCAGAGACGGACUACCAUAGAAAACAAUAACAAGAUAUUCACAGAUGCUUUUGAAGUGCUUGCAGAGAACUAUGAAUUCAAUGAGAUCGAGGGUCCAUGCUUGGCCUUCAGGAGAGCCGCGUCCGUCCUAAAGAGUCUGCCCUGGGCUGUGAGGUGCUUGGGGGGCACUCAGGAUCUGCCUUGCCUGGGGGAACACACCAAAGCAGUCAUGGAGGAGAUCCUUCAACAUGGCCGUGCGUUUGAAGUCGAGAAAAUACUCUCUGAUGAAAGGUAUCAAACACUUAAGCUGUUCACAAGUGUGUUUGGGGUUGGACCUAAGACGGCGGAGAAGUGGUACCGUAGAGGGCUGCGCUCAUUCAGCGACAUUCUGGCAGACCGCAGCAUCCAUCUAAACCGGAUGCAACAAAGUGGUUUUCUGCAUUAUGGAGACAUCUCCAGGGCUGUCAGUAAAGCAGAGGCCCAAUCCCUGAGGAACAUUAUUGACGAAGCUGUCCAUGCGAUCACACCGGCCGCCAUACUAGCACUGACAGGUGGCUUUCGCAGGGGAAAGGAGUUUGGCCACGACGUGGACUUUAUCGUGACCACAACUGAGUUGGGCAUGGAGGAGAAUCUGCUAAACGAAGUUAUUGAUGAACUGAAAAAGCAAGGCAUUCUGCUGUACUGUGAAUACCAGGCCUCCACCUUUGAUAUAUCGAAGCUUCCCAGCCAAAGGUUUGACGCCAUGGACCAUUUUGCAAAGUGCUUCCUGAUCCUGCGGCUGGAAGGCAGCCGAGUAGAGGGAGGUCUCCACAUCGCUGAGGGAGACAGCAGGGGCUGGAGGGCAGUGCGCGUGGACUUGGUGUCGCCACCUGUGGAUCGUUAUGCCUACGCUCUCCUAGGCUGGACCGGCUCCAGGCAGUUUGAGAGAGACCUGAGGAGGUUUGCUCAAGUGAAGCGGCACAUGCUUUUGGACAACCACGCCCUGUACGACAAAACCAAGAAAGAGUUCCUGGCAGCUACGACUGAAAAGGACAUCUUUGCCCAUCUGGGUCUCGAGUACAUCGAGCCUUGGCAGCGGAAUGCGUAGGCCUCCGCUCUUCCCUGGCUGGAUGAUACCCUGUGCGUACAUCAGUGUUUAUCCCAUCUGCUUGCCGUUCUGCGCCUCUACUGUGAUUCACUUUCAAACAGCUUUUGAUUUCCAUACAGUUUUGUUUAGUUGUUACCGUCAUUGUAGUUGUUGUUGUCUGGGGCUGGUGUAUGAUUCAUAAUUCUGCUUAUUCACUAUUGUCUGUUAGCGAGUAAACACUCUCCUAUACCAUUCACGGCUUGUCUCUAUGUGUUGUAAUCAUAGGCAGGACACAAAGAGAAAUCAGCCUGAGUUUGAAUCGCCUGGGGUGCUUGCGAGGUGCAGGAAAGCAAGAAACACAUAGGAGAGAGAAAAGAGGGAAGGGGGUGACCAACGGAGAGAAAGGGAGUGCGAGGGAGAAGACAGGAAACGAGGGGGAAGGGGAGCUUUUGUCGAGCAAAAUGUUGUAAUCACCCUCCUCCUGGCAGGAAAGUGCUCGACGUGAAGCUGAGCCAGGUCUCGGGGGAAUUGAGAGGCGGGUAAUGAGCUUCAGAUAGAGGAGCGUUCGGCGUCGCCAUUUAGCCUCCAUUUAAGCCUACGUCCACUGGAGAUCAUUUAGCUGGCAUGCGGCAAUCCAAAAGACCCACAGUCUCCGCUCUUGUUUCCACAAUGAAUCCCCUUCCCCCAGAUGCUCGGCUGAAAUUAGAGGCAAUCAGCUGCACCGGGAAAUCAUGAAGAAUUCAGACGGAAGGUAAAUGAGUCCACU